AAUUCAAUCAGACACAACCUGUCCCUGAAUAAAUGCUUCCAGAAGGUUCCACGGGGAAAGGACGAGCCUGGUAAAGGAGGGUUCUGGAAGAUUAAUGCUCAGUUUGAGGAACAGUUGGUGACUAGUAUCUUAAGGCGGCACGUUUUGCCCCCAGACCUAUGCCAGCUGCUUCAGCCGAAAGGGCAUUCCCUCUCACCAUUGCUGGCUUCUCACCCUGAAACCUCCAGCACUGCCCCACAGCUACAGGUGCCUUUGGAAUCGGUUCAGGUCCUUGCUGAGUUUGAGGAGAUUUCUGCGGGACACUGCGGCUGGAAUCCAUUCCUGUUUGAACUGAGAGCGGCUGAGAAGGAGGCAGGGCCUGAUGUCACAGUGUCUGGGCUGAGUCCUGUCGCCAGCUCCCCACUCCUGACACAGGAGGAGAUUAGCUCUCUGACAGGAGAUCUCGAUUGGGAGGUGAUGCUCAAGUCCACCCUUGAUCAGGAAUGUCCAGCAUCUGGUGUCCUGGAGACUCUGAGCCCAGCCAACCCUUUUCCAGGGGAGCUCAGCCACACUCUUAAUAACAAACCCAUGGAGCUUGGACCUGAUAACUGGUCCCUCUGCUCUGACCCCACCCUGACCCCAGGCACGGAGACUCUCGAGGUACCCUUGCAGAAACAUCCCUGGGAUGAGGGGCGAAUGGGGAUGGACCCACUCACCCAAUCUUACAAUGAACUCCACAAAUGGGAAACCAUUGGGCCGUUCCAAGAGGCGAUGAGAGACUCAUUAUCCAACAACCCAAUAUUGUAACCAGUGUCUUCACAGGGGGUUCCCCCAAACUCAGGCAACCCCUGACCCUAAACCUCCCGUCCCUCCCCCAUCGACACCCCCUGCCCUCCCCGUUGACAUCCCCACAUUCACAACCCCCACUCCUCCCCAUUAAGAGAUCCUUCCUCUCACUCCACCUCACUGAGAGAUGGCCCUCUCUUUACCCUCCACCCCCUCCCCCUCCCCUGGGGGGUAUGAGUGACUGGAUCACGGGAAUCUACUCCGAGGUCAGGGGUCAGAGCCACAGGGAGUGGGUCAACAGCUCUCGCUCUGUUUCGGACAUGAGCAGGGCAGUUGGCAAUAUCUGUGCUCGAUUGUGGUACUGAAUGUUAGAAAAAUGAUUUUAAAUAAUUAAAAGUAGAAUUCUGUGUUUUACAAUGAUUUCUGGAUGCUGCAGGAAGGGGUAAAGCAGCCAAUCAGAUACAACUGAGUGGACGUUAACAGGGUUUCACAAUAAAAGGGGUAAAUUAUGCCCCAGUCAGUAUUAACCACUCAAACAAUCUUUCCAAACCAGGCAGUGCCCCUUACAAUGGUAUCCAGCCCCUGGAAGGGUUGGCAUAUUGAGGAGCAUUCUGUAACA